UUUUCUUGGGAUAUGCUUGAUUGAAGACAAAUUUCAGAACAGAAAUUGGGAACAGAUCCAGGAGACAUAUCAACAGAGCCUCCCGGUUGCCAGGCGUUUUCAGAGAACAGAAGAAAAUGAUCGAGGCCCAGGUGACUUCUGGAAACCCUCACAUUUGACGACGUGGCCGUGGCCUUCACGUGGGAAGAGUGGCAGCUCCUGGCCCCUGCUCAGAAGGCCCUGUACCGGGACGUGAUGCUGGAGAACCACAGCAACCUGGUGUCCGUGGGUUUUCAAGCAAGCACACCAGAGGUACUCUCCAAAUUGGAUCAAGGAGAACCAUGGACGAUGGAUGAUGAAGUCCACUGUCGAACCUGUUCAGAAGUCUGGAAAUUUGAUGACCACCUGCUGGAGUACUUACAAGAUGAGAGCAUGGAGAAGAGACUAGAACAAUGGCAUGAACAGAACCCACUAGAAAAUGCUGUUCAUCAGCGCAUAACUCAUUUUCUGCGCAGGCAGCAUCAUGAUGUGUUUGACUUGCAUGGAAAAUGUAUGAAAUCAAAUUUAACUUUACUUUCUCAAAACCUCAGCUAUGAAAUAAACAGCUCCAAUGAGCUUACUGGAGAUGAGAAAUCCUGUCGCCAUGCUGACAGUGAACAGUUGCAUCCUGAAGUUAAAUUCCCCCAAAGCCAAAAACCCAUCAGCUCCAAAUCCCCAUUCAACGAGCAUCAGAAAACUAAAAAAACAGAAAAGCCUCAUGUAUGUGGUGAAUGUGGGAAAGCUUUCAUCAAAAAGUCUUGGCUCACUGAUCAUCAGAUAAUUCACACAGGAGAGAAGCCCCAUCGAUGUAAUCUUUGUGACAAAGCAUUCUCUAGAAAAUUCAUGCUCACUGAACACCAGAGAACGCACACAGGAGAGAAACCUUACCAAUGCGCUGAUUGUGGCAAAGCCUUCCUCAAGAAAUCACGGCUCAACAUACAUCAGAAAACCCACACUGGAGAGAAACGGUAUAUCUGCAGUGACUGUGGAAAGGGCUUCAUCCAAAAGGGAAAUCUCAUUGUACAUCAGCGAAUUCACACAGGUGAGAAACCUUACACAUGCAAUGAAUGUGGAAAAGGCUUCAUCCAGAAGACCUGCCUCAUCGCCCAUCAGAGAUUUCACACGGGAAAGACUCCUUUUGUGUGUAGUGAAUGUGGAAAAUCCUGUUCCCAGAAGUCAGGUCUCAUUAAACAUCAAAGAAUUCACACAGGAGAGAAACCCUUUGAAUGCAGUGACUGUGGGAAAGCCUUCACUACAAAGCAAAAGCUCAUUGUCCAUCAAAGGACUCACACAGGAGAGAGACCUUAUACCUGCAAUGAGUGUGGGAAAGCUUUUGCCUACAUGUCUUGCCUUGGUAAACAUAGGAAAAUACACACAAGAGAGAAACAUGGAGAUGCAAUGAAGGGGGAGAAACCUGCCUCAGAGACAAGUGAUGCCAUGCAGCAGAAGAACCUCGUUAACUUGGUGGCUGUGCAGGUGCCUUCCAUGGCCCUUCAGCCGUCAGUCAACAUCAGUGAACUCCUAGCAAAUAGGAACAUCAUCAUAACGGGACCACCUGUGGGCAGGUGUGCACCCGCAGGAGAUGAUAGAGGGUCUGCAGAGGACAGAACCCUUAAGAACGCAGUGAGCAUGGUUGUGCCUUCGGUGGUCAAUUAUGUUUUAUUUUGUGUCACAGAAAACCCCUAGGAGAAAAACUCGAGACAUACUAUGUGUAAAAAUUAGAAAUCGUUGAGCAAAAAUAUCUAGGUCAGAUGGUGGCUGAAAAGUUUAUACUGAGAGCAACUGUAUAAAUGCUGAGACCAGGAACCCAUGAUAUGCUCAUCCAGUUAAAUAUAUGCAUUGAUACUGAGGCAUAAUCUGAUGUUAACCCAAACACAAACACAUCAAUUGCUCUGUUGUGUCCGUUGAAUGAAUGAAGGAAGGAAGCCUGAGUCCAACUAAGUGGAA